UUUUACAAGGUACUGCCAUCGGGGGACAGCUUGUACCUAGUCUUCUGGAUAUGCUCAAGACAGCGAAGCAACAUGGAUUUCCUGACGACUACACUACAUACGCACUAGUCUCGGGCAUUUUUAACGCAUUUUUUGCACUCGGUGCAUUCAUUGGGCCGACCAUAGGCGGGAUCAUGGAUGACUAUAUGGGAUUUGAAUGGGCAGCGUUUGUAGUGGGGAUGAUAGAGUUAGCAUGUUUUCUACUGCUGCUGGUGUAUUGCAUAAGAAAUUACAAGGUAGAAAUCAAGGGCGAAACGCCUCUCGUCGAAUUCUUAGACAGUUCAGCAGAUGAGCGGAAACCUUUGCUCACCAAAAAUCCUACGUCGGAAUUCUUCUAAGGACCCAUCAGAGUAGAUAGAAAGACAGCGGAUGCCUACUACAGAGGAAAAUGUUUUGAUGGCCAAUAAAAUUAUAUCUCGUCGUAAUGAAAGGCUUGGUUAGGCAGCCUCCGUCACAAUUCCCAUUUAUGCGCUAUAUGAAAUACAAUUGUGGUCACAGUUCAUAUCAGUAAUAAACGAAAACAAAUGUUUUUAUUGAAACAACUUAAUUAAAACAAAUGUUUUCAGACAAA